AGCUUUCCUCAAAAGAAAAAAAAAAAUAAAUAAAUUAGCCAUUUCCUGUAAAUGUAUAUUUUGGUUUUGUUUUGAUCUUUGUCUUAAGAUUUCUAAACAUUAAGCAAGGACAGGAUGCUGGCACAUAGGGGAAUUUAUACUUCAGAAUUCUAUAUAAGCAGGUUUUUAAGUUAAACCGGCAUUUUGAACUGAAUUUGACUGUUUUUCUCUGUCCUUUAAAAUGAAGACCAAUCACAUCAAGAUUCUAUAUGUGGAAUAACUUCAUGCUGAGCUAGGAUUCAAUGUUAGGUGCUUUUGUGCUGAAUACUUAGUGAUUCCUUAAAUUUUCUAAUGAUUGGGUGGGGCGUGCAUGUAGUACAAAUCACAGUCUCGGUUUUAAGUAAAAUUACUUUGGGUGAUUUGGACACAGUUUUCCUUUCUGCAUGAGUUCUAGUUAAAAUAUGUUCAAUACUUUGUAGAGGAUGGCUGGUAUAUGCACCAUAUUAGGAAUUCCAUCUUGGGGUGCUGACAGUAGAUCUCCCUAGAAACUGAUCAUCUUUGAAAGCUCAUACCUACUUUGUUUCAAUUUUCUACUAGCAAGGAAUAUAAAAUGGAUUUAGGAUUCAAAGACUAUACCAACAGGACACCUACCAAGAACAAUUCUGCUACUACAAAGAAUUUUUCUGCCUGGGAGGACUACAAGAGCAGUGUUGAUGACAUACAGUACUUUCUUAUUGGGCUGUACACACUUAUAAGUCUGGCUGGCUUUGUGGGAAACCUGCUUGUACUAACAGCUCUAACAAAACGCAAGCAGAAGACAGUAAUAAACAUUCUCAUCGGUAACCUGGCCUUUUCUGACAUCUUAGUCGUGCUGUUUUGUUCUCCUUUCACGCUGACGUCUGUCCUGCUUGACCGGUGGAUGUUUGGUGCUGUCAUGUGCCACAUAAUGCCCUUCCUCCAAUGUACAUCCGUUCUAGUUUCAACUUUAAUGCUAAUAUCUAUUGCUGCAGUCAGAUACCGUAUGAUAAAAUAUCCCCUCUCCAGCAACUUAACGGCAAAACAUGGCUAUUUCUUAAUAGUUAUCAUUUGGACUGUAGGCUGUGCCAUUUGCUCCCCUCUUCCAGUUUUCCACAAAAUUGUGGACCUCCACAAAACCCUCAAUUUAGAAGCACUGGAGAACAGGCUCUUGUGUAUUGAGUCAUGGCCUUCUGACUCAUACAGAAUUGCUUUUACCAUAUCCUUACUGCUCAUGCAGUACAUACUGCCACUAGUAUGCUUAACUGCUAGUCACACCAGUGUCUGCAGGAGUGUAGGUUCCCGGCUGUCCAGCAAAGAGGGCAAGUUCCAAGAAAACGAGAUGAUAAACCUCACACUUCACCCAUCCAAGAGCACGGGCACUGAGGCACAGCCCUCCAGCCAUGCCAGCUGGAGCUGCGCCCUGGUCCGAAAGCACCACAGAAGGUACAGCAAAAAAACAUCAACUGUGAUGCCAGCUAUUUUAAGGCAGCAUCAGGAUGCUGAUUUCAGAGACCUCCCAGAAACCUCUGGCACAGAAAAAAGCCAGCUUUCUUCCUCUAGCAAAUUCAUCCCAGGGGUACCAAUCUGUUUUGAGAUGAAACCAGAGGAAAAUACAGAGAUCCAGGACAUGAUUACAGUAUCCCAAUCCAUCAUCAGAAUUAAAACAAGAUCCAGGCGAGUGUUUUGCAGACUGACAGUGCUAAUCCUAGUUUUUGGUUUUAGUUGGAUGCCUCUUCACCUCUUCCACAUUGUGACAGAUUUUAAUGCCACUCUCAUUUCUAAUAGACAUUUUAAAUUAGUGUAUUGCAUAUGUCAUUUACUUGGCAUGAUGUCCUGCUGCUUGAAUCCCAUCCUCUAUGGGUUCCUUAACAACAGCAUAAAAGCUGAUUUAAUGUCCCUUAUUCCAUGUUGCCAAAUGCUUUAAUUUUAUGAGUCUCAAGAUAAAAUAAAGAAAUCUGGCUUUCGUGCAUGCUAAUGCAUAUAGCUAUAUGAACUGUAUUUAGCUUAAUUAGUCUGAUUUGGUUGUGAUUAGUAGCGUCUCACAUGAAUGGGUAGUUCUAAGGCUGCAUGUAUUUCUUGCAUUGGCUAGACUGUCUGAGUGUAUUAUAAUGUUCUUCAAUCUAUUACACGUAGGAAAUCAUGCCCAGUGUACAAAACCAGAGUACAGAUUUCAUUACCUGAAAUAUUGCCAGUCUGUACUUAAGAAAUAUACAAAAUAUAAAAUGAAUCAUAAAUGUGAGAAUACCUUGACUAUUAGCAGUCAUACAUGUAAUUAUAAUAAAAUACACAUAUUUUACUAAGUUACUAGUUGAGACUAAUUCAGUGCCAACUUUGACUGUUAUCUAAAUUAAUAGAAAGUCUGUUUCCAGAUGGGACUAGAAAAAUAUUUUUCUCUUGCUCCCACCAUCUUUUGCUGCUUCUUCCCAGGUUGCCCCAUUCCCUGGAAUGAGUUUGGGGGCAGUUAUUAUUGUUGAGAUUGUUUCCGUCUCACUCUGUUUACCCAAUACAUCUAUGAUUACCUUAGCUGAUUUUCACUCUGGCUUAUCAUUUUAUGGUAUUUUCAGCCAGGCUUGAACUUAAUGUAUAGCUAUACCUUUGUGUUUGCAAAUAUGGCUGCCAUGAACAAGUAGCACAUUUCUGACCAGAGUAAGACUUAAUUCUCUAAGAAAUUGAUAGAGGAAAAAGAAAAUUUAUUUUGUCCGAAAGCAAAAUCUUUAUGCACUUCAUCAUAGAUGAUCCUUUUGCUUUAGGUCAACAGCUUCAAGAUACACCUCCCCGUGUGCACAUACCUGCAUACACUUUCAGCCCUCCUUCAUCAUCUUUUUAACCAGAUGGGUCUUUUUUCUUCCACAGUUAAAUCACACACAUCUUCCCUAAGUCAUAAUACAUUUCAUAGCAGAAAUGGGAAAAAAAUCUAUAUAUACACAUAUAUUUCCCAUGGGCUAUUCUAAUUUCAUAACCCACCUCUGCCCGCAGGGGUCAGUAAAUGUACGAAACCUCUACUCUUGAGUUUUCAGCUGUCAAACGUCUCCCCAGGUCUAGCUGGUGAUUCUUUCUUUUUCUCCGUUUGAAUUCUCAAUCUGCUGGCCUCUUUAGUAUAGCAUUUCCAGUCUGAAAAAUGAAGUUGUUAUUUUUGUUAAUGAGUGGAUGGGAAGGCACAUGAUUUUUUAUUUACUUUUUUUUUGCCUUGGGAUACUUUCUUUCCAGAUAGUUGUUAAAAGUGGAAGCGGUUCUUUUAUUUGAAGAAACACUCAAAUUAUUCUAAUGUUACAGUUUUGAGACCUUUAAGACUCAGACUGUCAUCAGGUAAGGAGAUUAUUACAUACUAGUUGGUAAUAUCAUACUUUCUGUCAUUAUGGUACUUCCCUGAAGUCUGGUUCCCAGUAACCCACACUGCUCUUUGUUUUCACUAGUGAUACACUUAAAUAGUUUCUUCCUGGACAAUGAUUAUUGCAUUUUUCAGAUUAUUAUCUCCUAACAACCUACAGUAUGUCAUUUUAUAAAGUACAAACACUGCAGGAUAUUGAAACAAGACAUUCUAAAUAGCUUUUUAAAAGUUUAAAAUUGUUUAAUUUGAAAAUAUUUAUGGUUAUUCUUGUUACAUAAAUGCAAGUAAAAAAAAAAAACUUAAACCUCACUGAGAACACAAGGAUGCAGUUUUAUAAAAGUUACAGCAAAUUAUGCCCAACUUGCAUCCACGCAUUUCCUUGCCAUUGUGAUGUGUCAUUUAACUUUAUUUUACCAUGUAAUGUAACCAAAUGCUGUAAAAAGGGAGUUGCAUCAUUUCAUCUUCUACUAUUUAUUCAUCUUCUGCUAUUUAUUAUUUAUUUUAAUGUAUUUUUAAAUUAGUUUUACUGUUACCUUCCUUCCUACUUGCUAUUUAUAGUUAAUUUCUUCAUUUCUUUAUAUACUUUCAGAGUUUCAACCAUUUUCUUUUCCUGCUAUGUUUAGGAUUGUUUCUAUAAUGUAAUGUUUUAUUCAAUAAUGACUCUUUUCAGUUCAAAUUCUACUCACUUUUACUGCGUGUGGCACACAGAAGCAUCCUAGCAUUUGAAUAAGCCUUUCGUCUAGUUUCAGGGGCUCACGAAGAUUAGUCUGCACACUGGUGAUUUUAUGAGAGCCCCUUCCAUUUGCCUGGAUGGAGUUAAUAUCUGUGCCCUCACUAUUUAUACUGAUCAAAACAUGAAAUUGUAGUUACGCAGUAGGAAAUUAAACGAAGACAACUAGUGAA